UAAGAAUACCGCCCUGGUUUCCGUUACACUUAACCGGACUCCUUUUAUCUUUUCAUCGCGUCACUGUUUCGGGUAUGUUCACUUCGUCAGUGUUCUACCUCUGCCAGCACCUUCACUAUUUCAGAUCAUUAAAAAAAAAGAAUUUGUUGUGUGCUCACUGGAUCGGGAUUCUCUGCGUGGCUUUGGCAGUCAGGUAGGGUGCGUAGGUAUUACAGCCACGCGAUUCACUCUCCAUCUUCCAACAGCUCUCUUCUUCUCUGUUGCUUGUCGUUGGAUUGCCGCAAGGCACCUCUGCCGUGCGGUAGAGGAUCCAAAUCCGUGCUCACUAGGGAAAAUUGGUGUAGUUCGCCUCUUUCUCCAUCUCAAGGGGAAAUUAUUUCAAAAUAGCCAUAUAAAAAAACCAUCUCUGCGAUUGAAGAAAACAUUUUGGGGGUUUUCCGACUUUGUUUACUCGCCGGUUAUCCUGGUAAGCCCCCCAACGGUUAAUUUCCCCAUAAUUGUUAUAUAUGGGUGUUUAGAUAGUAGUCUUGGCUGGUAAUUUCUUUUCCAUGGGCUUAAGGGAAAUUGGGCAGACAUUAAUCGCAAUAUUCCAUACUAUUGUUUAAGUUCAUUGUCAUCCCUAUAAUUUGUUUUAGAUUUUUACAAGGUUAAUUGGGUUGACCGUGUGAUUAUCAAUUCUGAGAGUAAAUGAUAGAAAAGGGCAUGUUUCUUGCGGGUGUUUCCAAAAGGUGUAGGUUUGACUGAAUUAUUGGUUGAAAAGGUUUAACAUAUUUGGCAAAUAUGUUCAGUAUUUGCAAAAAGAAAAAAAUAUGUACCUGGACAUAUUUGCCAAAUAUGUCAGUCUUCCUAUUGGUCAAGAGUAUUAGGCGCGGAUCGGCAUCGAGGAUCGUGAAGUGAAGGGCUUGGAUCGGCUUUUACUGAAGCACAUUUGGUGAAUCAACACACAUUAAAUUAAUAUAUGUCCAACAUAUUUGGCAAAUAUGUCAGUAUUUCUAUUGGUCAAAAGUAUUAGGCGCAGAUCGUCAUCCUGGAUCGCGAAGUGAAGGGCUUGGAUCGGCUUUUACUGAAGCACAUUUGGUGAAUCCAGACGAAUUAAAUUGAUAUAUGUCCAACAUAUUUGCCAAAUAUGUCAGUCUUCCCAUUGGUCAAAAUAAGUUGGCUUGGAUUGCCAAUUACUCCAACAUAUUUGGCAAAUAUGCUUUAUAAAGUUCACCACAAAUCUCACUUCACAGCACAUCUAACUGUUCCAAUUUCUCUUCUUCUCCAAAUUUUGGCCAUCUCCUUCAUCUUAACCCAAGUUUUCAUGGCUACACAAAGAGAACACCCCCACCAUGGGCUCAUAAAACGUUCCGUAUUAGUGAUGAUACCUGGAGAACAUCGUGCUGAUAAUGUGUGGAAAAGUGAAGCGUUGAGAGUCUUGAAACUGAGGUGCAUUACUUACCCGAAAUCUGCCAAGGACGAUGACGAACGUCAUCCUAGAGUCGCAGAACUGCUGAGGGCAUCAGGCUUUCACGUAGCUGAACGAUUAGUAAAAAUCAAAAUUGAUUGGGGUCUUAUCAUCGCAUUGGUUGAGAGGUGGAGACCAGAAACACAUGCUUUCCAUUUACCUUUUGGCGAGGUAGGCAUUACCUUGCAAGAUGUACAGGUGCUGAUGGGGUUACUGAUUGACGGUCUCCCACUUACUGAGCCCUCAUCCACAGUUGGUAGUUCCUAUCACACGCAUGAAGUUCCCGAACAUCAAUAGUGGCCUAAUUUUAGUUGGGUUGAGAUAUUUGGCAAUGAUCACCUCAGUGGAGCGACCGGCGGUGCAGGGCCGAGCUCACAAUAUUAGUUUAUAAUAUUUAUAUUACCGUAAUAGUAUUAACAUUAAUGUAAUAAUAUCUUUGUGUGAUGUAGUAUUAUAAGUUUAAUAAUAUGAAUGUUAUUGCCAUAAUAUUCAGCGUACAAUGAUCUCCCAAAACUUCUACAAGGUAUGACAUUUA